AUGAAGGAAACCUGCCGGAUCUGCGCCCGGGAGCUGUGCGGCAACCAGCGGCGAUGGAUCUUCCACACGGCGGCCAAGCUGAACCUCCAGGUGCUGCUCUCCCAUGUCCUGGGCAGGGAGCUGUGCCGGGAUGGCAAAUCCGAGUUCGCUUGCAGCAAGUGUGCCUUCAUGCUGGAUCGCAUCUACAGGUUCGACACCGUCAUCGCACGUAUCGAAGCCCUCUCCAUCGAGCGCCUGCAGAAACUGCUGCUGGAGAAAGACCGCCUCAAGUUCUGCAUCGCAAGCAUGUACCGCAGGAACAACGAAGACUCGAGUACAGAUGACAGAGCUGGGGAUGGGACUGUGGACCUUUCUAACUUGCCUGACGUACGGUACGCUGCCCUUCUCCAGGAGGAUUUUGCUUAUUCUGGGUAUGAAUACUGGACGGAUCAAGAAGAGCACAGCUUGGAGCCACACAGCUGCCAUGCUUUGGAGGGAGCGAGUAACCGCCCGCGGCGCUGCCGUGGCUGUGCCGCGCUGCGGGUGGCCGAUGCCGACUAUGAAGCAAUUUGCAAAGUGCCACGGAAGGUGGCCAGAAGCAUCUCCUGCGGGCUGUCCAGCCGGUGGUCAGCCAGCAUGGGCAACGAAGAGUCAUCCGUGUGCGACGUGGCAGAGUCUGCCAGCGCCAGAGGGCCUGUAGAUGGGGAGAGCAUGGAGGAAGGCACGCCAGCCUCCUCUGUUGAGUCCCUAGACACAACUGUGGAGGCGAGCCCUUUGCAGCAGAAAGAUGAAGAUGCAGAUAAGGGGGUGAAAGGGAAUGGGAAAUGUGAUGAUGUUUUGGAUGACCGCAUGACCCCAAACUCUUCGAUGAGUGGGAACAGGCUGGAGCUGGCCCUCAGUUUGAUCAAGGCUUUGGACUAUAAACCGCUCCAGAGCCCCCGCGGCAGCAGGCUACCUAUUCCUGUGAAGUCCAGCUUGCCCCCUACCAAGCUCAGCCGUGACUUGGCAGAUGGCAGCACUUCUGCUGGCUUAAUGUGUGCUGGUUCUGUCUUCCUGAACACAGACAGAAAAUCCUUUUCCAGAGCUCCUUUGGGUCUUUCCCUGGAGAUUUCAGAACUGCAGGAGCUGUGGGACGACCUCUGUGAGGACUAUAUGCCACUGCGGGUACAGGUAGAGGUUAUGGGCUUGAUGAAGAAGGAGAAGCUUGACAGAACAUGUGACCCUGCAGCAGGGGAGCACGUGUCCGACCUGCGUGCUGCAGAGCUGCAGGGCGAAAUCCAGCAGUUUGAAGCUGCCAACAAGUUGUUACAGGAAAAGCUGAAUGAACUGAAUUUUGAAUUAAAAUCUGUCCAAGAAACAUCACAGAGGCAAGAUCGUACAAUCCAGAGUCUGAACGAGGCCCUGAAGAGCAAAGAGAGUAAGACAGAAGAGCUGUACCGUAUCAUCGAAGGGCAGAAUGAGACCAUGGCCAAGCUGCAGGACAUGUUGCACAGAAGCCAUCUGGGACAGUUGCAGAUGUCAGAGAGCCCACUUUCAUCCCAGGAGCAGCAAAUGUCACUGCUAGAUCUUCAGAACACGCUUUUCUGCACCAAGCUGGAGGUGCGAAAACUGACAAGAGCUCAGCGCCAGAAAGAGCAUCAACUGACUGAAGCCAGGAGAGCAUCCCAGCUCCUAGAGACCAUGGUGCAUGAGGAAGAGCAGCAGAAAGAGGCAACGUGGAAACACAACCAGGAGCUGCGUGCUGUGGUACAAAAGCUGCAGGCAGAGCUGCGGGACAAGGCUCAGCAGCUUCAGACUGUGGAGUGGGAGAAAUGCUGCGAGCUGCAGACCCAGGAACAGAGAGUUCAGCGCUUGAGUCAGCAUCUGGCUCGCAAAGAGCAGCUUCUGCAGGAAUCAAGGGCACUUCUGCAAUGCCAGCAAAGCUUGGACAAGAGCCCUGCAGCCAUGAAUGCGAUGUUGGAGAAACUGCAGCAGCGAGUCAGUGACAGGGAUGCUGCUCUGGAGCGAGCAGUAGAUGAGAAGUUCUGUGCCCUGGAGAAAAAGGAGCAAGAGCUGCAGCAGCUCCGUCUCUCAAUAAGGGAGCGUGGAAGUGACCUGGAGAGACUGCGCAAUGUCCUGUCCAGCAACGAGGCCACCAUUCAUAGCCUGGAGAGUCUCCUGAAAGCCAAAACCCUGGAACUAGAGCAGGUCUCAGCAACCUGCCAAAACCUCUGCUGGCUUAAGGAAGAGAUUGAGGCCAAAUCCUGCAGCAGGCAGAAGGAGCAGGAGGGGAUCAUCCAGCAGCUGCAGACCUGCCUGCAUGACAGAAACAAGGAAGUGGAGGAGCUUACAGCAACUCUGCUGUGCAAGCUAGGCCCAGGACAGAGUGAGGUAGCAGAGGAACUGUGCUUGCGUCUCCAGCAGAAGGAGAAAAUGUUGCAGGAUCUCGUCAGUGACAAGAACCGUCAGACUAUGGAGCAUGAUGCUGAAAUCCGGGAGCUGCUGCAGGCCAUGAGCACCAAGGAGCAGCAGAGCAGAGUGGCUGCUGAGAAGAUGGUGCACGCUUUGGCUGAAAGGAGCUGUGAGUUACAACUCCUACGCCAGCAUGUGUUGGUGAAGGAGCCUGUUGGGACCCAGUCAGCUGGUGCCAGGCUGUUGAAGCAGGACAAACAGCCCAUACAAGAAAUACUGCAGAGACCUUGUGGAGCUACAGCCAUUGCUGGACACCCACAGGGAGACAGCAGCUGCAAGACAGAGGGAGUUACGACGUCAGAGGCAGAACUGGAGAAGGAUCUUGUUAAUGCCAAAGAGGAGCUGGAGCUAAUGGCGAAGAAGGAGAGGGAAAGCAGGCGGGAGCUUGCUGCUCUCCAGUCUGUCGUGGCCACGCAGGAGGAAGAGCUGCAGGUGCAGGCCUCAGAUAUAGAGUCCUUGACCAGGACCAUCCAGAUCAAAGAGGACCUGAUCAAGGAUCUGCAGAUGCAGCUGGUGGAUCCCGAAGAAAUUCCAGCCGUAGAAAGGUUGACACAAGAAGUGCUGGUUCUUCGGGAGAAAGUUGCCUUAGCAGAGUCACGAGGACAGGAAGCUACUGGAAACAGAAGGCAGCAGUUGUUACUGAUGCUGGAAGGGCUAGUUGCUGAGAGAAAUCGGUUAAAUGAGGCUCUCCAGGCAGAGAGGCAGCUCUAUGGCAGCCUGAUAAAGUUUCACACACACCCAGACAGCGCUGCGAGAGACCACACUCUGCAGGUGGAGCUGGAGGGGGUCCAGGAACUCCGAGGACAGCUGGAAGAAGCUCUUGGAAGAAGCUUGGAGCGUUUGAGUAGGCUGGAGACGCAGGGCGCCACAGGAGGUCAGACCACGGGGACAAAUGCUGAUGAUGCCAGCACUAACUUCAUUGACAGCAUCGAGGAGGAGGCAGCACACAGUGCAGCAACCCACCACAGCAGCCCUUGCACCCCAGAGGAAAUUGGGGGUGCUGAGACAGCCCUAGCGGAGAACACGGCACGAACUGUGCCAGAGCGGAAGCUGCGGGCGGAAGAGGAGCUGAAGGAGCUGAAGGCACAGCUGGAGGAAGCUGGCUUCUCCUCUGUCUCCCACAUCAGGAAGGCGAUGCUGAGUUUGUACCUGGAGAAUGCGGAGCUGAAGGAGAGGAUGGGUGAAGCUACAUCGUUGCUGGAGAGCGGGGAGCAGGAGGAGGCUGGGCUGGGCAUCCCCCCAGCCCCUGAGCCCCGCAGGCUGCAACGGAAGAGCCGCAGUGCCCUUGGGGACCGCCUGGCUGGCGGCAGUGGGGACGGGCAGGGGGUCCCAGCAGAGAGGGGAGCUGUGCCCACAAAACGCCCAGCACUGGAGGCAGAAUCCCAGGGUGACGUGCCCAAGAGACCCUGCCCUGGUGCCCCAGGUGGAGGGGACGGGAGCCAUGUGAAGGGCACAGCCCCAGGAGGGAGCUGGCCAGGAUUGGGCGCAGAGCUGCGGUCCCAGGUGGCGCAGGGCCAAAGGCAGUGCCAGGAGCUGCAGGACAAGCUUGCCGCCUCGGAGGCCACGGUGCGGGCACAAGCCAAGCAGCUGGAGAAGUACUACGUGCUGCUCCGUGAGUUAAAACUCUGGCUGCAGCUCAGCAAGCAAGUGCAGGUGGACUUCCAGGACCUGGGCUAUGAGACAUGCGGACGAAGUGAGACUGAGGCCGACCGAGAUGAGACCACCAGCCCCGAGUGUGAGGAGCCAGAUGUGUUCAGUGAGCCCAGCCUGGGCGAGGAGCUGGGGUCCCCAUGCCAGCCAGGGAUGCCCAGGGUGGGCAAGGCUGCUCGGAAAGUCGUGGCUCCAGCAGAUGUGGUGGCUCUGCAACAGCACAUCCAGGACCUCAAGGCACAGCUCCUCAAUGCCAACAAGGUGAUCCAGAGCCUACAGCGUCGUGCCCGCUCCAUCUCCGUUACCAGUGGCUACACGUCGGGUGCUGAGUGGCCUCUGUCGGGUCCUAUGGCCCUGGCCUCCCCAGCCCACAGCCUCACUGAUGAGGAUGAGGGCUGGCAGUCAGAUGGCCACAGCACACUCUGCCCACCUGCCCUGCGGGCACACCGCGACCUGCAGCACCUGGUGCACCGUGUUGCCCUCCUCGAAGCACAGCUACCAGCAACCAAGCCUGGAGGAUUUUUGCCCAAGGAGCUUCAAUCAGCCACCUGGCCAGGGAAGUACGACUCGCUGAUCCAAGCGCAGGCUCGGGAGCUCUCCCACCUGCGGCAGACGCUGCGGGAGGGCCGUGGGGUGAGCUGCAGCCUGGCACAGCAUCUGCGUGAUUCCCUGCGCUCCUUCGAGGAGCUUCUCCGUGGCACCGACAUUGACUACUAUCUGGGCCAGGGCUUUCGGGAGCAGCUGGCUCAGGGCAAGCAGCUGGCUGAGAGGCUCAGUAAUAAGCUGGGCACCAGAGAUCGACAAGAUGGGGAGGAUAAAACCAGCCACGAACUUCUGGCAUUGAGGCUCAGCCGGGAGCUCCAGAAGAAGGAGAAGGUGAUCGAGAGCCUGGAGGCAAAGCUCCAGGAGUGCUGUGAGUCCCCAGGCAGCAGCCGCCCACCCUCCGAGUCAUCCUGCUCUGCCACCAGCACCUCCUUCGUGUCUGAGGGGCUGGAGCUCUGCUCUGAUGGGGACGCAGCCAGUGAGUGCAGCCAGUGCCACAAGGAGCCUGCUCAAGUCACAG